AUGUUUCAGCUGCCUAUCCUUAAUUUUAGCCCCCAGCAGGUAGCGGGGGUCUGCGAGACCCUAGAGGAGAGCGGCGACAUCGAGCGUCUCGGCCGCUUCCUCUGGUCGCUGCCCGUGGCUCCCGCCGCCUGCGAGGUCCUCAACAAGAACGAGUCGGUGCUGCGGGCGCGCGCCAUCGUGGCCUUCCACACGGGGAACUUCCGCGAGCUCUACCACAUCCUGGAGAACCACAAGUUCACCAAGGAGUCGCACUCCAAACUGCAGGCCCUGUGGCUGGAAGCGCACUACCAGGAGGCGGAGAAGCUGAGGGGCCGCCCGCUCGGACCCGUGGACAAAUACAGGGUGAGGAAGAAGUUCCCGCUGCCCAGGACGAUUUGGGACGGGGAGCAAAAGACACACUGCUUCAAGGAGAGGACCCGACACUUGCUCAGAGAGUGGUACCUACAAGACCCUUACCCGAACCCGAGCAAAAAGCGGGAGCUGGCGCAGGCCACGGGACUCACUCCCACACAAGUGGGGAACUGGUUCAAAAACCGCAGACAAAGAGACAGGGCGGCCGCGGCCAAGAACAGAUUACAGCAGCAGGUGCUGUCCCAGGGCUCGGUCCGCUCCCUGGCCGAGGAGGUGGGCGCGGUGGAGCGGCUCGGACCCGCGUCCAGCCCUGAGGCCAGCCUGUCCAGCAAGGCUGCGGCCUCGGCCAUCUCCAUCACUUCCAGCGACAGCGAAUGUGACAUCUGAGGAGGGACAGCCACCGGUCCGACGAAAAGAACACGGGAGAGCGGUGAAAGCAA